GGUUAGUAUACCAACAAAUCCGGAUCACAUUUCGUUUAAACAAAUGCCACUUGAACAAAACUGAAACCACUGAGUUACGACCCACUGGAUAAGGCGGCCACAAAAUGGACAAGUUGGAGACCGUUAAUUUCCUCCACUUACCGGAUUGUGUGUUGGUCGUUCUCUUUGGUUAUUUAGACGCAACAUCCCUGUACCAGCUAAGCAGGUCCCACCCUAGGUUCAAGGAGGUGCUCGAUGAUUUCAGACUGUGGAGGCACAUUGAUGCGAGGACGGAGCCCAACACGUCCGAUAAAGUCAAUUAUGUUAUCGACAAGAUACACGACAAAACGCACACGGUCAAGUUGAAAGCCAAAUCAAAAUCUGUGGGGGUGAUACCCACUUACUUCUUCGAGAAGACCAUGGACUUUGACAACCUAAAGGUUUUGGCUUUGGAGAACCAGUACAUCGAUGGAUCUGAGUUCAGUAUGAACCUGUUUCCCAAAAAACUGGAGGAGCUCAGCUUAAAAAGAAGUUAUGUGAAAGAUUCUCAAAGCUUUUUCCGGGGAUCAAGUGAAAGACUGCAACAUUUAAGGGUAUUAAUAUUAGAUUACUGCCGCUGGUUAAACUCCAGUUUCGUAAUGUCAACAGGAAAAUACAAAAACUUAGAGAUACUGUCGACAGUAAGAUGUAAAAAUCUAGAAGGUGACGCCAUAAGUUACAUGGGAAUAGCCAAAAAUGGCUACAAGAAUUUGAAAACUUUUGAUUUUAGAUUCACAGUCCUGGGUCCAAUUGUGUUGAAGUGUUUUGCCACUCACAAGUCAAUUAUCUCCUACUACUUCCAACACGAGCGUACAUUUUUGCCUGACUACUGUGAAUCCCCGGCGACUGCUCAGAAAGGCGGCAAAGGAACAUAUCAUUGUGUUGGGGACAUUUCUGACAGAGACUUGUUGGAGUAUUUCAGGUGCGUAGGCACCGAUGUGGUGACCGUUUUGCCACAAAGUGUCCUGUAUGUUGAUCCCUACGGCGAAUGCAAUUGUAACUUUAAGGAUAAGGUGGGAAGUACAAAAGACACGACAAACUUUGAGCUGAACACAGAAGACGAAUUGUACUGCGGUUGCUGCUUCGAGCCGAGAAUGCGGGUGGAUGACGACUCCGACGAGGAGGGCCUGUUGAAGGACGACUGGUUGUGCUCCAAACGUAAAGAACUGAAGAAGAUGAUCCAGGGAAAGAGUGUAUGCAGGAUUGCGUUGGAGUUAUUCGACCCGAGUAACGGCAACCGCUUGGAGAGGCCGGUCACGCGUAGAAUCGAGGACCCGCUGGAGGAGCCGCCGCCACGUCCUUGCAAGCGACGCAGGUUCGAGUACGACCCGUCGGUCGAGGACGAUGCGGAGGCUGCGGGACCCAGUCGCCUUUCCAGAGAACGCACCCUGUCCCUCAGCAAUGUCGUCCUUAUUCGUGGGUUAAUUGAGGGCAACAUACCGGACCCUAAUGUUCGAGUUCAGCCGUUCAUGCAGGUGGAAGUGAAGAAGACGGCGGUCAGGAGGUUGUCACUGAGAGGCUUUAAAGACGUGUCUGACGGUGUCCUGCAAGCGGUCCAACGUUUGAACCUGGAUCUGUUGGAUGUGACCUACACUGGUUGUACCGCUGAAGGCAUUAACUCGUUCCUCGCCUACAACCCCAACUGUCGAGUGGUUCACCCGGACUUUUGUACUUGUAAACCGAUAAUGCCUCUCUAAGUUUUGCGUUUAAAGACGCUGUGAUAUAAUAUAGGUUUAUGUUAAUUUUGUACUGAAACUGAUGGAAAGCAUCAAAUUUUUCAAUUAAGACUUUUGUUAUGUGGGAUGGUAAUUGAUUUCUGUGAUAAUUACCACAGAAAAAUUAAGAAGUUAUAUUAAUUUAUGUACCAUUGCCAUAUACUAAUUUUAUUUAAUUUAUUAUCCAGUAUAUUAAUUAUUGAACUGAAAAUCCCACAUAAUAUACAAAUAUAGAAAGUUUGAGUAUUUUUUAUAAUAAAAAUAAUCAGCCAAAUAAAACCUUUAAUGUGAUAAAAAAAGGUUUAAAAGCAUUUUUCAUCAUUUGUAGGUAUUAAAGACAGUAUAUAUAGGUUCCUAAAAAAUACUCAUUCAUUUAAUAUAUAUGAAUACUUAUUAUAAAUAUGUAUUAUAAUUUGUGUGUAGUUUUUU